UCAAUUUUAGAUAAUUAUUCGAUUAAAUUAGUGGAAAAUAUAGAUAAUUGCUAAAGUUUGACAACAUGUGAGAGGGUAAUUUAAAGGAUUUAAAUUAAAACAACAAACAUAUGGAAUCUGUAAUGGAAGACAGUGGUAUAGAUAGCGGGGAUCUACAUGGAGAGAAUGGAUCUAAACCAAAUGGUAGCGAUUCGUCUAGCGCGGGAAGUAGCACUUCACCUCCUAGGUCUACAGGACCGCCAACAUCAAGACAAUUACAAAGAAAGCUUGAGGCUCGGAUAGAGCAUGCGCGCAGGCUACACCAGGAGUAUAAUUCCACAACAGGACUGAUACCAAUCCAGAGACUUCCUAUACCUGGAGCUAAGGACCACCAACCAUUGGUGCAAUGGGACACAGAUGAUAGCGAGGAAGACAUAGUAAAUUUCUUUCCGUUAUCGAGAAAAGAGUCGCGUGUUCACCACGAAUUGACUGAUACCUUUAGUAUUGAAGAAAUGAGCAUAUCAGGGGAUGAUGAAGAGGAGGAGGACGAGUUGCAUCUGCAAUGGACCUGGUGGAAGUCUUCCGCGAAGGGUCUCACCUACGGGCAAUCAAAGGAGAGCCGGCGUGCAAAGGGUGGCCGCGAAGAGGGCGGGCAUGCGCUUUACGGUGCCACGUCUUCGGGACAUCCUCUACCGAGCGACAGUCAGCGCCUAAACGGGGUCGCACCAAGAACCCCGCGUAAUAUGUUCGGAAGUGAGCCGGCAGUGGUGAUCGCGGGGAGAUGCUAG